UCUGUCCUAGCGCCCUGCUCGCUGGGAGGCUGCAGAGCUGGCGAGCCCGGGGGAAUCGCAGAGUCGCGACAGUCUGUCCGAAACGUCUCUGUCAACAUCUUCAGAAGUAUGUAAGAUCAAGUUUAUAUUUCCAAAUGGCGACAAGUAUGAUGGUGACUGUACGAGAACAUCUUCUGGGAUCUACGAGAGAAACGGGACAGGCAUCCACACCACUCCUGACGGGAUUGUCUACACGGGAAGCUGGAAAGAUGACAAGAUGAAUGGCUUUGGGAGACUUGAGCAUUUUUCAGGAGCCGUGUAUGAAGGACAAUUUAAGAACAAUAUGUUUCACGGUCUGGGGACUUACACAUUCCCAACUGGGGCAAAGUACACUGGAAAUUUCAAUGAAAACAGGGUGGAAGGUGAGGGCGAGUACACGGACAUCCAAGGCCUUCAGUGGAGUGGCAACUUCCACUUCACAGCUGCUCCUGGACUGAGACUGAAGCUCUACAUGUAGACAUGCUGACUGGGCUAGUGCCGAGAUGCGGCCACCGCAACUCCCUUGUAGGCAAAGCAGUUAGUCACCUGAAAUUACCUGCACCCCGCUGUAAGUUUACCAAUAAAACCGU